AUGGCCAUUGUAGGACACACACUACUAGCACUCUCACUGGUAGCACUGGUCCUAUGCUACCCUAACCCACCAACAUGCUACACCAAGGUGUUGAGUAUGGCUCGAGACCUCACCCAUCAGGCAGCGAUGAUCAAGAUGGAACCUGAAACUGUAAGUCACUUAUCAUAGAGGGAGUGAGCACUGAUUGCAGUGGAGUAUGACACGUUGCACUUUUGCCAAUGCCUAACUUCAAUCUGUGUUUUCCAGAGGCAUUGCAUGGCACACAUCCCACAUCUCUACCUAGAUGUACAUGUAAGUAUGGCUAUGGCAUUGUGGAAAGUAUUGUUGCAGUUUUCACUGUGUACUUUUGAAAUCAGUAUUGUGUCUGUUUAAUUAAAUACAUUUCCCUGAAGUUGAGAUUGCCAAAAAAAGAUUACUGAUUUCUACACAUUAUGAUCGUUGCUCUGCAACAUAAGAACAGAAAUGAUAUUCAUCUUGACAGAACACUUGCAUCAUGCCGAAGAUGAGGCAGUACAUCUUUCUGGUGGAUGGCUUGCGUGAGCGGCGCUGUGCUUACACCAGGAAAGUGCGGGUGGUGGGUCUCGCGGUCAGGCAACUGCACAUGAUCAUGUCCCAGAGGUGUCACGGGGUAAGAGAACGACGACUAGCAUCCACAGACAGACUAGCCCUUGAUCCAGGCUCCCUGUCAAUCAGACUUGAUUAAACAGAAUGGGGAAACAGAAGAGAACCACAACAAAGCUCAGUACUAACACAUAAAGAUAGUACUAUUAUGGGUCAAAAUAGUGAGUUUUAUGAUGCAAAUGAUUGAAAGUACAUUCUGUUCUCUGGGAUUUUUUGCCUUUCUACUGUAUUUGGUCAAGGAAAUGCACAAAGUUGAAUGACCUUUCAGAAAAUCAGCACUCUCAUAUCUUCUGAAAUGACAGAAUAGUUGUAUGCUCUUUGUUAUGUAACUGUCCUCAUGUUGCGACAUAGCCCUGGCACUGAGCUUUUGUAUUUACCAAAUGUCCCUCAUGUUGAAGACAUUACUGGUUCCUUUUAGGGCAGUGGAACUCACAGGCCUCAUAUCUCUGUGUUUAGGAGCUGGUGUUCACCACUGAUGACUGUGCAGCCUUGGACCGCCCACCGAUGAGCUGGAGCCUAACAUGAUAAUGUCACUGUUUGAUGGGAG